AUGGAGUUGGCCAAUGGGACUGCAGCCCAGGAAUUCAUUUUGCUGGGAUUUGGAAUCAAUCAGCAGAAAUGCUUCUUGCUGCUUGUUUUCUUGAUUGUCCUUUAUGUGCUAACGUUGGUUGAAAACAGCACCAUUAUAACCCUGGUCUUUCUAGAUACUCAUCUGAGCCAGCUUCCUAUGUACAUCCUGUUGAGCAACUUUUCCUGGCUGGAGAUGUGCUAUGUGACCACCACUAUUCCCUGCAUGCUUUUUGACCUUGCAACCCAUAACCAGGUUGUCUCCUUCCAUGCUUGCUUCCUCCAGUUCUAUCUCUUAUUCUCUCUUGGCACCACUGAAUUCUUCUUCCUCUCAGCCAUGGCUUUAGAUCGAUACUUAGCCAUCUGCCACCCAUUACACUACCAGACCAUUAUGUCCCCACAUUCCUGUUACAUUCUUGUAACCGCUUGUUGGAUCCUUGGUUUCCUGGGGUAUAUAAUACCUGUUGUUUUGAUCUCUAAUUGUGGACCUAACAUUAUUGACCAUUUAUGUGAUCUCAUUCCACUUCUGUCUUUGGCUUGUCCUCCACUUGGAAAUGCUCCUUUGAUUUGCCAAAUUAUCGUGCACAUUCUAUUUUUAAGUAAUGUAUUAUUUGUUAUGCUAUCCUAUGGCAUUGUGAUUUACACUUUGAUGAAAUCCUCCAGUAAAGGUAAUUGUAGGAAGGGCUUCAACACUAUAUCUAUGCAUCUUUUAGUGGUGACACUUUUCUACAGCACAGUAGGAGCAAUGUAUCUAAUUCCAGUUGGAGAAAGCCAAGGAGAGGUUACAAAAGUAGUGACUGUCUUCUAUUCGGCUGUGAUGCCUUUUGUGAACCCCAUCAUCUACUGCCUGAGGAGCAAUCAAAUGAAAGAGGCCAGGGGCAGGGUCCUGAGAAGACAUGAAGAGUUUCUGAAAAGAAAG